UAAUCAUUGUGUUAAAGUCCUCUAUAGCCCAGUGACCUAUGACCCCCUCAGUCAGUCAGUCAGUCAGUCAGGUAUCGGCCUUUCAUGUAGCAGAUAGCUGUUGUUUGUUCAUCCUUCAGGGGAGAGUGUGUGUGUGUGUGUGUGCGUGUGUAUGAAACUGUGCAUGUGUAGAAGAGAAUGAGUGUGUAUCCUCUAGUCCUGUUUCUGGCUUUGUUGCUCCACGAUGGGAAAGCCAAACUGGAGUCGCAAGGUUGCAAUAGCGCUGAUGCUGAGAGAGCGGCAGAAGAGGCCGUGGAGCAGAUCAACCGCGACAAGACUGACGGAUACAUCUUGGCUCUCAACAGACUCUACGAUCUCUCUCACACAUCAAACCAGGAGACGGGCAGCUCAGUUUACAACCUGACUAUUGAUGUGCUGGAAACGGAGUGCCACACCAUUAGCAGGAAACCAUGGAAACAAUGUGAAGUCAGAGGUAUCGGAGAUAUUCCUGUAUAUGGAGAAUGUCAGGUAUCUGUUCAGGUUGAUGCUCAGGUCAAACUUGAAAGCUACUCUUGUGCCCUGCGAGAAGUUGCAGCUACUGCUGUUGUGCAUGUGUGCCCGGACUGUCCUACAGCUGACAACUUGAAUGAACCAGUUAUUAAGGAGACAGCCAAACUCUCUUUGCAGAAGUUUAAUAAGGAGAGUCGGCUUGCCAACUACUUCACACUAGAAAACAUUACAAAAGCCAGCUCACAGUGGGUCAUUGGACCGGCUUACUUUGUAGAGUUCACUGUUCUGGAGACGGUGUGUUCAAAAGAAACUGAUGUUAGUGAGUUGGCCCAUUGCCCACCAAUGAACUGUCAGUUUGCUCACAGAGGUUUCUGUACAGGCUCACACAUGACCCUGGAGGAGACGUUUAAAUUCAUAAACCCUGUUGGAAAAGAUGCCAGCUCCUUUCAGAAACGAGAAUCAGUUGAUGUGAAAUGUGAGAUCUAUGAACCACAGGUUUCCACUUUGGAGGAGCAGGCCCAUGCCAAAGCAGCUAGUGGGCACCCAGGGCAUCAACACAACCACACACACCUGCACCCCCAUGAGCAUGUGCACUCUGUCACACAGGACCCAGACAUCAAUGUCUCCAGCCAAAAAGGCCGUCUUGGCAGGAUUGUGUUUGAGCCUCCCGCUCCCAGAGCAGCUCCGACUGCCACCUCCUGCCCUGGCGCUAGAAGACACACUUUAGGUUUACGCAAUCCUUCGCUCUGAUUACCUGGAUUAAUCUUUGUUUUUUCACAUAAAGUAUCCCUUUUUAUAUUUGGUGGAAUUACCUGACUGUUAAAAGUAGGAUGUUAUUAACCUGAGUUAUCAGGCAAUAUUGUAACACAAUGAAUUCCAAUGAUUCUUUGAUGCAUGUUUUGAGUUGGACAUGUUUUAUUUCUUCAGCAAAUGUGAAAUACUUAAUAAAUUGUUUUCACAAUUUAAAAA